UACAUAAACUUUGAAAUUCAACAAACAGAGAGACAAAAACCAGAGUCUCAUGCUCCAUCGGUUCUUAUUCUCCUCCUCCUCUCCGAUCGGAGCUCUGAAAUGGCCGUCUCCAAAUUCUCUUCCGCCGCCUUCCUCCUCGUCCUCUUAGCUUUCCUCUUCCUUGACGCAGCUGAAUCGCAGUUUCUUUGCAAAAGCUCCUCCUGCGGUGGAGUUUCGUCGCCGGACGUUCGAUUCCCGUUCCGACUGAAGAAUUCGCAGGAUUCUCGGUGUGGAUACCAGCCAGAUUUCGAUCUGUUCUGCAACAAUCGGAACCAGACGAUUCUGAAUCUCCCGAACGCCGGAGACCUCGUGGUGGAGAUUAUCGAUUACAGAUUUCAGAGGUUGUGGAUCAACGAUCCGGAUCAAUGCUUUCCGAGACGAAUACUUAUAGACUCUUUCAGUCUAGAGAACUCGCCGUUCACUUAUAAUUAUCAAUUCGAUCAAUUCACCGUUCUCAAUUGCUCCAAUUACAUCGAAACGCUACCGUUCAAUCGCGUCCGGAAGAUCAAAUGUAUGAGCGGCGUAAACCACACUGUAAUCAAUGUUCCGGACAGAGACCUAAAGGCGGUUACGGAUUUCAUAAAUUCGCCGUGUAAAGUGAUUGCGCAGAAGAAGCUUCCGUUGACAGGAAUGGAGCUUGAAAAUGGAAUGGUGGUGAAGUGGAGUGAACCGGACUGCAGAACUUGCGAGACGCGCGGUGGAGAUUGUGGAUUCAAAAGCAAUUCCAGUGGUGAAGUCGUGUGUUUCAAUCUUCCAAAGAGCGGUAUUCCACGAGGUGCUAAAUAUGGCUUGAUCAUCGGCGUGGGAAUCCCUGGCGUGCUCUUCGUAAUCGGGUUGGUUUGUUACAUUUGCGGGAGGUGCAAGGUCUUCAAUCGACCCAAUCGUCCAACAUCGCACCUUUCCCUUUCAUUGGGCCAUCAGCCCACUUCUACCAUAGCAGGCCUCGAUGGGCCGACAAUUGAAUCGUUCCCCAAGACCAUAUUGGGCCAGAGUCGACGACUUCCAAAGUCCAACGACACCACAUGUGCCAUUUGCUUGUCAGAGUACCAACCAAAGGAGACAAUCAGAACCAUACCAGAUUGUGGUCACUUUUUCCAUGCCAAUUGUGUCGAUGAGUGGCUCAAAUUGAAUGCCACGUGUCCAGUGUGUCGGACCUCGCCAGAGGAUUCCUCCGCCACCUCCACGCCUUCUCAAUCGGUGUCAGUAUCAAUGUCAUCACCAACGUCACCACGAUCAAUAACAUCAUCGUCACGUCAUGACUAGUGAAGUUUCUCGAAUAUGGUUGUUAGAUGGUUUGCGUUUUGUGUAUAUAUGGAUCGAAUGGUUAUAGUUUCAAUUUUAGCAUAAUUUUGAUAAAGUUUAGUUUUUAUUUUGAGUUUUGUUAUUUAAAAUUAAAAAAAAAAAAAAAGGAUUUUUUCUUUUGUUGGUAUGAAGGAACUGGGUGAGUUGAGAACAAA